AUGGCUUCUUCCAAUAACGCCCGAUCUCCCGCACACCACCACAAGUCGCCAGCAGCGCCCAUGUCAGAUGCAUCUCAGAAUCACGCCGGCCUCAGACCUCCCUCGGCUGGCGUACCUCUACGCACUCCAAGCCAGGCCUCCUCCCACCGCAGCGGCAGUAGAGCCUCCGCCGCACCUUCCGUUGCCGUCAGACCCGCCUUCUCCAGCUCCGAACCUCCUUACGUGAUCGAUGGGCCUGGCGGCAGAAUCGCCUGCGUAGCCGAUGUUCGCGGCAAUCUUUCUCUCUUCAACCAGAUCGCUGCUGAGACGCGCGCCCAGGUUAUCAUCCACACGGGCGAUUUCGGCUUUUAUGACAACAACAGCUUGGAUCGCAUCAGCGAUCGCACCCUCCGCCACCUUGUUCAGUAUUCGACGCUCAUUGACCCCGUCCUUCGUUCCAAGUUGCUCGCCGCUGACCCGCCUCGUGGUCCCGCUGCCACCGAAAAGGGCGCUUCCGCCGCUUCCAUGCGUCAGCAUAUUGCUCAGCACCAGCAUCAGCAUCACCACGGCUCGUUCCUCUCCGAGUUCUCCGAUCUUCUCGCCGGGAAGAUCAAGCUUCAGGUACCCGUCUUCACUGUCUGGGGUGCUUGCGAGGACGUGGCCAUUCUCGAGCGCUUCCGUACCGGCGAGUACCAGGUCAACAACCUUCACGUGCUUGACGAGGCUACCACAAAGGCCAUCGAGGUCGGCGGCAUCCGUCUGCGUCUCUUUGGUCUUGGUGGUGCUGUAGUCCUCCACAAGCUGUUCGACAACGGCGACGGGGCGGCAACCAUCGCUGGUGGCCAGGGCACCAUGUGGACCACUGCCCUUCAGAUCGGCGAGCUGGUCGACACGGCUCAAAAGACCUUUGACCCCACCGAGACCCGUCUGCUGGUGACCCACGCAUCCCCCGGUCGCGAAGGCAUCCUUGCUCAGCUCGCACUGGCGAUCAAGGCCGAUCUCACCGUCAGCGCCGGUCUCCACUUCCGAUACGGCGUCUCCUACAACGAGUUUAGCGUCCAGCACGACGCCGAAAACUACCGGAACAAGCUUCAGCACGCCAAGCACGCUUUCGGCGAAAUUUGGGAUACCGUAAAGACGCAGGUGGAUGCCGUGAUCGACGAGAAUCAGAGGAUGCUGCUCAACAAUGCACUUGCCGUGGCCAACCGAGUCGCCCCCACCGCCACUGCUACGGGUGCAGCAAGCGAAGAACCCGCUUGGAAGAACACCUGGAAUUGGAACCUGCCGGAUGCUGCCUACGGCAACCUAGUCCUGAGCAUCAAGGACGGUAGGGUCAGUGCCGAGACCAAGUCGCAGGGCUUCAACUUUGCUUACCGUAGGAGCGGUCAGCCCAUGAGUGCUGUCACCCCUACUGCUGUGCCCGGCGGCUCGACUACUCCAACCGCUGCUUCUGCCGCUGUUCCUGCAGCCAAGAACGCUAUUCCAGCUGCAGCCGCCGCCGCCGUACCCGCCACGCAGAGGAACAACGCCGCUCCAGCUUCCGCGUCCACCACCACGCCCGCCAAGGCUGGCAACGCCAAAUCCUCCGACCAGCUUGCAAACGGAGCUGCUGCCGCUCCUGCGGGGGCCUCCUCCGCUGCUCCAGCUGGCAAGCCUGUCUCCUCAGCCAACGCCACGGCCGGCUCUGCAUCUUUGACCAAGCCCAUCAAGGAAAAGAAGGAACGUCCCGCGCGCGCCGAGCGUGGUCACGAAUCCGCUGCAUCGCGCUCGGAUUUCGACGGCGGCUUUACCUCGGGCACCGACGGACGCAAGUCUCCGUCUGGCCCACGCAAGCAGCGCAACCCGUACACGCUGUACGUCUCGCAGCUCAAGGAGGCGCUUCCGGUCACGGAGGACGAGCUGCGCACCUACUUUGGCCCUGCCGCCGCAGGAAUUUCGGGCAUCAAGCUGGUGUUCGACAAACCGCACCGACGCGGUGUGAGCAGCGGAAAAGAGGACGCUGCUGCGGCGGCGGAGGUGCAGAGGAGGCAGAGGCCGUUUGCGUACGUUGAGUUCAAGGACGAGGCGGCGAUGCAGGCCGGGCUGGAAAGACAGGGCGAGGUGCUGAAGGGAGACAUCAAGCCGGCACUCGAGCAGGCGGAUAGCAACAAGGCCACCCAGCCGCAGAAGCCGGAGGGGGAAGCUGGAUCGGUGGAGAAAGUGGAGAAAGCAGAUAAAGCGGAGAGGGCUCGGGGCAGGAAGAGUGGCGGUGCCGGUGCAGAGACGGACAAGGACGAAGAGACGGGUAAGAGCGGCGAUGAGAAGGCGGGUCGGGGUGGGAAGGUGAAGAAGGAGAGGGGUGCACCCAAGGAGAAGCCGGACAGGGCGGACAAGGGUGAGAAGGGUGGGGAGAAGAACACUGCUGCUGCUGCUGCUGUGGAGGAGGCGGCUGGUGCUACGGACGGUAAUGCGACUUCGGCGAACAGUCACAACAAGAACAAGAAGAAGAGCAACGCAAGGGACAAGAGGGACAAGAGGGACAAGGGCGCCGCCGCCGGUAUGGGUGCAGCGGACAAGGAGAAGGAGAAGAAGGAGGACAAGGUUGGCGCCACUGAUACUUCGGCUGCGACUGGUGCGGCUGAUGCGGCUGGUGCGGGUGCAGAGGCGAAGAAGGAUGUUUCUGCCCCCGUUGCUGCUGCCAGCGGUGAGGCAGCUGACACGGCUUGA